CAAUCGACGCAGUGCAUCCAUACCAGCCACAUAUCCGUGAUGUAACUUGGUUGUCAGUGUUGCUAAAGUUGUGUUUCGUGUAAAGCAGUAAGCGACGUGUGUCUGUUUUCAGAUGACCACAAACGUUUUUGAGAUGAGAGACAAGCUGCGAAAGUGGAGGGAAGAGAACUGCAGAAACAGUGAACAAAUUGUGGAUGUUGGUGAAGAGCUCAUCAGUGAGCAUGCAUCGAAACUGGGAGAUGACAUAUGGAUUAUUUAUGAGCAGGUGAUGAUCGCAGCGCUGGACUGCAGUCGGGAUGACUUGGCUCUGACCUGUCUACAGGAACUGGAGAAGCAGUUUUCAGAUAGCCACAGAGUGAAGCGAUUAUCGGGCAUGAGGCUGGAAGCUCUGGAAAGGUACGAUGAAGCCAACAAGGACUACGAUGCUAUUCUCCAAGACGACCCCACCAAUACGGCGGCGAGGAAGCGCAAGAUCUCCAUACUGAAGGCCCAGGGGAAGAGCGCUGAAGCCAUCCGAGAGCUCAAUGAGUAUCUGGAGCAGUUUGUUGGGGACCAAGAAGCAUGGCAUGAGUUGUCAGAGCUCUACAUCAACGAACAUGACUAUGGAAAAGCUGCGUUUUGUCUGGAGGAGCUGAUGAUGACCAAUCCUCACAAUCACUUGUACUGUGAGCAGUACGCUGAGGUGAAGUACACGCAGGGGGGGCUGGAAAACCUGGAGCUGUCCAGAAAGUAUUUUGCCCAGGCGCUGAGGCUGAACAACCGAAACAUGAGGGCAUUGUUUGGUCUGUACAUGUCUGCAAGUCACAUUGCUGCCAGUCCAAAAGUUAGUGCCAAGGUGAAGAAGGACAAUAUGAAGUAUGCUGCUUGGGCUGCCACUCAAAUAAAUAGAGCCUAUAAGCUGGCUGGUCGCGGGACCAAGGAGAACAAAUGCUCCAUGAAGGCGGUAGAGGAGAUGCUGGAGUCCAUGCAGAUCACCAUGUCCUAGAUGCCCUCUUCCCUUCUGCACACACAGCCACUUGGAGCACCAUGGCAGCUCAAUUAGCCUCGCUAAUGUGACCAGAACCAGAUUUUUAACUGAUUUCCUUUCUUCAUCCCUUCAACUUUGGUUCUGUAAUUGAGUUAACUUGACAUGGACAAUGGAAGACAUUUGUUUCAAGAGCAAAGAUGUUUUCAAUCAUCUGGAAACUACAAACAGCACAUUUCAAGUAAUACAACUAAUUAAAAAAUGUUCUACAUAGUGAUAACCUAGCUGUGACUGGAUUAUACUGUCCCUCCCAUCCCAUGCUGUCUUUUAUGUUCACCUUGAGCUGAUCGCUAAUCAUCCACAUCAAAGGCUAUAACUCUGUGACAAGGAAAGAUAACAAGCUGUACAGUAAAUGCUAUUUAUAAAGACAAUGUGGAGAAGACCACCUGUCUGCACUGAGGUCCUUAACUGUCAUCUGUAAAUGAAACAUCUUAAUCUAAUAAAACAUUUUUUUCUUUUGUCUAAUCUAUCAAAAUAUCUUAAUAAAAGCAGGACUGAUUCCGAGUUCAAAAUGAA